CUUUCUUUUUCUUUUUAUGUUCAUUAUUUUCGUUCUUCAAUGCUCAAAUCCAAAAGGACAGUGUUAAUUUGGGGUGAAGAAAGACUGAGGGAACAGGAAUCUUUUGUUUUUUCAGUUUGAUUUUUGUUCAAUUUAGUUGCAGGUGGGAUAUGAAGAAAACCCAACUUACUUUCUCCCUCAAAUUCAUCUCUUUUUCCUAAAAACCCAUCCUUUGGUCUUCUAUGGUCAAUUUCAUGGAAAAGGCUACGACUUUCUCCCAUUUGGUAUCUUUGGUUCUGAUUCUUCAGUUGCUCAAUCCUUUCCUAGGGUUGUCUUCUUCUUCUCUGGGCUCAAAUGGGCAGCCUGAAAUCCCUACGAAGUUCCUUGAUUUUGCUCAAAGACAGGAGCUUGUUGAUUGGAUUGUGGGUAUUAGGAGGAAGAUACAUGAGAAACCAGAAUUGGGGUAUGAGGAAUUUGAGACCAGCAAGCUGAUUAGAGAGGAACUGGAUAAAAUGGGCAUUCCUUAUAAAUACCCAGUUGCAGUUACUGGUGUUGUCGGCUUUGUUGGGACUGGCAAACCCCCAUUUGUUGCAAUAAGGGCAGAUAUGGAUGCUCUUGCUAUGCAGGAAAUGGUGGAGUGGGAGCACAAGAGUAAAAAUCCUGGGAAGAUGCAUGCUUGUGGACAUGAUGCCCAUGUUUCUAUGCUUCUUGGUGCUGCAAAAAUACUUAAAGAGCAUAUUAAUGAGUUAAAGGGUACAGUUGUUCUUGUUUUCCAACCAGCUGAGGAAGGUGGUGGAGGGGCAAAGGUUAUGAUAGAUGAAGGUGCUUUAGAGAAAGUUGAUGCUAUCUUUGGACUGCAUGUUGCUCCUUCCAUUCCUAUAGGUGUUGUGGCCUCGAGACCUGGCCCUUUCUUGGCUGGAAGUGGCAUGUUUGAAGCAGUUAUAAGUGGUAAAGGAGGUCAUGCAGCCCUUCCUCAGCAUUCAAUAGAUCCAAUUUUGGCUGCUUCCAGCGUGAUUGUUAGCCUACAGCAUCUCGUUUCUCGUGAAGCUGAUCCACUGGAUUCACAGGUAGUGACAGUAGCAAAAUUUCAGGGAGGUGGUGCGUUCAAUGUUAUUCCAGAUUCAGUCACUAUUGGUGGGACCUUCCGAGCAUUUUCAAAAGAAAGUCUUAUUCAAAUUAAGCAGCGGAUUGAGGAGGUUAUCAAAGGGCAAGCUGCUGUGCAAAGGUGCAGUGCAACUGUAGAGUUCCUUGAAAAAGAGAAGCCGUUUUUCCCCCCUACCAUUAAUAAUAAAGAUUUGCAUGAGCACUUCAAAAGUGUUGCAGGGGAUAUGCUUGGAAAUCAUAAAGUUAUUGAUAUGCAGCCACUGAUGGGAGCUGAGGAUUUUUCAUUUUACCAAGAGGUGAUUCCUGGAUACUUCUUUAUGCUUGGAAUGCAGAACAAGACACGUCCAGAGCUAAAAUUCGUACAUUCACCUUACUUUGAGAUCAAUGAGGAUGCACUUCCAUAUGGUGCUGCACUUCAUGCAUCAUUGGCCGCCAGCUAUCUUCUCAAAGCAGAACCAAAAGUUCCUCUUCAAGGAAAGCUACAUGAGGAAAACCUCCAUGAUGAACUGUGAGGAGCUCCUUGACCAUCCUCACCAGGUUGGCUCUUAGUACUGCAGCUGUAAAUAUAACCUUGUUCAUGCUGGACACAUCAAUCAUGUACUUGAAGUUUGGUGUCACAAUUGAAAGUUACAUUUAGCUCAGCUGUUCAGUGUUUAGGAGGGUGAGGCAGUUAGGGGUUACAGAUUUUUAGGUUUUAACCACAGUGCUCUUCUCUUUGUUCCAGAAAAGAAAUACUAUUUCUUUUUCCUUACAGCUACACUUUGAAUGGAUCAUUUGUCAGUCAGUAUAAGUGAGAUAUUGUUCUUGCUUUUAAGCUGCUAAGGUGUUGGUUUAGUUUCAACGAAUUGUCAGAAUAAAGCUGAAUUCUGUGUUAAUAUAAACGAUAUAUAGCU